CAGACAGCCAAGAAGCAAAUUGGCGGCCUCUGUAAUUAUUUGGGCUGAAGUAUUUUUGGGUCACUAGUCGGCCAACGUCGCACCCUUGACUCGCAAACUAUGUCCAGAGAAAUACCUGAUCCUCUGAGCCGGAGGAGUCCAGACAGCUUCGACUAUAUUCUGACCUGUGCUAGUGGCAACGACGUACCUGGUAUUCGUAAGCUCGUUGGUAAUGGUUGCCCUCCGACCUUUGCGAACGCAGUUGGGCAAUCCGCUCUCCACAUUGGAGCACUCUGGGGUAGUGCUGACGCGGUCAGGGUGCUGCUUGAGCUGAAGGCGAAUCCCCGCGCCCAGAACGACAGGCGUCGUGCAACUCCUCUGCAUGUUGCCGCUACUGGCAAAGGGCCUCCUGAGAGGCGGGCUGAAUGUGUACGCCUUUUGAUCGAUUGCAGGGGCGAUCCAGAGAUGACGGACCACUCGGGCGCUAAAGCUGUUGAUUUAGCAGAUGAUGAUGAGGUGCGCCUUGCUUUGGGAGAGGCUCCGCUCAUUUUGCACCAGUGUGUGGGCGUUAAGAACGCAAUGCGUUUAGAAGAUGCCAUAGUCCGGGUCAAGGCGGGGCAGUUACCAGGUCUCACCUUAGACAGAAAGGAUGCUGCAGGCUUGACGGCAUUGCAUUAUGCCGUUUACGAAGGUUGGCAUAAGGGUGUUGAGAUGUUGGCCGCAGCUGGCGCCACUGUUUGCACACAAGCGAAUGAUGGCGAGACGCCUUUGCACCUUGCCGUGCAGCACGGCAUGGUUGAAACCACUAGGCAAUUAAUUGAAUUGCAGGCUAAUCCGAACGUCAAAGAUCAAGACAAGGAGGCAGACCCUCGCUACAAAAGCAGGUCUUUUGAUUGGGAUCCCGAACUGCAUCGGACUCCUCUGCACUAUGCUGCGGAACUCAGCAAUUUGGUAGCUAUUCAGCUGCUGUCCGAGGCCCGGGCUGAUUCGAAUGCGCUCGAUUCAAAGAUGCAUUCUCCGCUCUAUUUGGCAUUGCAGGGAAGAGAUGGCGCAGGAUUCAAGAUGGGGAGCGGCGUCCGUGUUGGCAAUAACGUGGCAACCGUGCAUGGUUGUCUUGGGGCUAUCACGGGCGAGGUGAUAGCAGGUUCCGAUGGUCGACCGCGAUGGCCUGUUGAAGUCAAAGGUAAUUGUGGUCAUACCUAUCUACUGAAAGAAGAAAGUCUUGAAUCCUUGGCCAUCGAGGCUUUCAAGACCUUGCUCGGAGCGCGUGCAGAUGUGAAUGCGGGCAUGGGUGAAUCGCGCACUGGGCUACAUGAUGCGUCGCGUGGCGGACAUGCUGAGUUGGUCGCUUUGAUGUUGGAAGCUAGAGCCUCACUUAAUCAGCAAGACAGGGCAGGGUUUUCGGCGCUCCACUUAGCAGUAAGGUCCAAGCACCAUGAUGUCGUGAAAGUUCUUGUGAGCGCCCGAGCCGCCCUGGAUCUCAAAACAGAGGUUGGGAAGACUGCGGCAGAGCUCGCCAUGAAGAACGGUUGUGGGCAAGCCAUCCUGGAUUUGCUAGCGGAGCAGAAGGCAGGGGUUCACAUCACGGAGCAUGUUGUGCCGGCUGAUUCCGCGGAGUUCGUUGCAUCAGUGAUUCACGGUAGAUUUUCGGAGACCGCCACCAUGGGGGAUCUCACAGCAGAGCAGCGGGCAGCUUUCUUCAUCGAUUGAGGGCGGGUCGUGCGCAAAGAUAAGGAGAUUUCUUAGCCUCAC